UUCCUCGCACCCUCACUCCCAAGAGCUUCCCCGUUCCUGGGGGGAACAACUGCCCAGCCCCUGCGGGCUGUGCUCGCAGCCUCCAUCCCCGCCCGAGGCCGCCCGGGCCAGCCCCGGUCACCGCGGAAACGGAAACGCGCGGGGCCGGGCCGGGGCCGCCGGGAGCGGGGCCGGUUUGAACGUUCGGGCUCCCCCCGCCGCGGCCGCGACCCGCAGCCCCCGAGGUUACCUUGUGUGCUUUCAAAAUGAGCAGUGAAGAUGAAAUAAAGGAAAAACUGGAUGCGGAAUUAGAUCGCUGUGUCGUGGCUAUGAAGCCCUAUGUCCUUAACCUGCAGCAUAGUUCAGAAAGAAAAAGAUGCUCACUAUGGAUUAAAAAACUCUGCAAGCCUUUGGCAGCGGGCAUAGGAAUAGUGGGAAGGGAGAAUCGAAACUUGUAUGCAAAGCUGCUGCUCCACAUGCUGCAGAGAGGAGUUCUGAAUGGGCCCUUCAGCCAGAAACCAGAGGAGGGAAUGCUGAAAACUUUGCCUGCCUACAUGUCAGUUUAUUUUGAUGAACCAAGUUCACCAAAGGUUCGGAACGGCCGCUCUGACUGCUUACGUGAGUGGAUGGUGGGAGAGCUGGGAAACCAGGACAGUAAUGUUUCCUCUGUGGAAGACUCAUCUUCAGCAACAAUUCCUGCACAUGGGGAAAGACUCAGUGAGAAGCCAUCAGUAAUAUCCCGUUGUCUGAGCUCUUCUCACCGGACAGAUGAGGAUGACCUAGGCACGGCACUGUCUGAUGAUCAACACAAAAGAUUUUCAUUGGAUGAUGAUGACCUCGAAGCACGACUCAAUAGUUGGAAUCUUGGGGUUGAAAGCUCACAGAGUUGCAGCCAAAGAGGAAUGAUGAGAUUAGAAAACCCCAGAUACCUGCGAGAAAAACAGGUGCCAAUGACUGUGAUGACACCUAAAAUUGACCUUGGGCAGAGCAGCCCCUCUCGGUGCCACCUGGCACUGCUUCAAGCACAGGAGAAAGAGCUGAAAAUGAAAAUGAAAAUAGCAGAAGGUAAAUUUCAUGAAGAAAAACUGAAGUUACAACAGAAGCACGAUGCUGAUGUUCAAAAGAUUUUGGAUAGAAAGAAUGAUGAAAUAGAUGUGCUGAAGUCCACCUACCUAAAGAAACAAAAAGAGUCUGAGGAUACAAUAAGAAAACUGGAGAAAAAAGUUCAGACCCUUGUUCGUGAGUCCCAAGUUGUGAGAGAAGCCAAAGAGCAGCAGAUUGUGGAGUUGAAGAAGAUGUGUGAGCAAAGCAAUGAUUGCUUGAACAAUGAGUGGGAGAAAAGGCUUCACGAUGCGGUGGCUGAGAUGGAGAAGGAGAAGUUCAACAUCCGGAAGAAGCACACGGAGGAUAUGCAGGAGCUGCUGGAGGAGACCAACGCGCGGCUGGCCAAGAUGGAGCAGGAGUAUUUGCAGCAGACACAGUCAACUAACGAGACAGUCCAAAAGCUGGGGGCCCGUGUGCAGCAGUUGACUGUUGAGGCUGAAAAUAGUAAUUUACAACGUCAGAAAUUAUCUCAGGAGAAGAAUGAGGUGGAACAGCGCUACCAGGAGGUCUGCUCCCAACUUCAGGAGCUGAAAGAAAGGUACAAGUUACUUCAGAAAGACAAGGACCAGAUUAUGCAGGAAUACAAGGAGAACCUUCAGCAACAACAAAGUAAAUUUGAUGUUGAUAGAGAUUUUCUGAAGCAGGAACAAGCUCAGCAGAAAUGUGAAGUGAUUGCAGAAUUACGCCGUGAAAUGGCUCUGCUGCAACAACAAUUGCAAGACUCUGAACAUCAAAGGAAGCAACAGCUGAGGGAUCAAGAAUACAAGGUUCAGCAGGGCAAGCUUCACUUGCAGCAAGUGUAUGAGAAACAGAUUAAUGGCAUUCGGAGUGAUCUGGAUAAAGAAAAAGCAGAUGCUCAAAAGAAAAUUCGCCACCUGGAACAGGCUCUGAAGGAGAAGGAGGAGCAGCUGAGGCGGGUGACGGAGGUACAGAGGCUGCAGGCCCAGCAGGCAGGCGCUGCCCUGGAGGAGUUUAAGCGGCAGGUGGAGCUGAACUCAGAGAAAGACUCUGCUGAAAUGAAACAGCGGAUGGCAGAGGUUGAAGCAGAUCUAAGCAGAUCAAAAUUGCUCCGGGAAAAGCAAGCCAAAGAAUUCUCCUGGCAGUUGGAUGAGAUCAAGAAAAGAUAUGAACAGCAGAUAGUGGAGCUGAAGCUGGAGCAUGAACAGGAGAAGACGCACCUAUUCCAGCAGCACAACACAGCGCAGGACUGCCUGGUCCGAGACCAUCAACGGGAGAUGGAGAAACUGGAGAUGCAGCUUCGCGCUGCCAUGGCAGAGCACGAGAGCCAAACUCAGGACAGCAGGAAGCGAGACGGCCAGGUGAUCUCUGGUUUGGAGAGCCAAAUCUGCAAGCUGAGGGAGGAGCUGAUCCAGGCCAACGCUCUGAGGAACCAUCAGCUGCUGGACCUGAGCUUCCAGCGGGACCAGGAGAAGCUGAAGGCAUCUCGAGACAAGGAGGCAGCACUGAACAGUCUGAAGAUGGAGAUGGAAAAAGUGAUAUCAGACCUGAAAAAGAGGCACAUGGCAGAGACAGAGGCGGCCUUGAAAAAGAUGAUGUCACACUGUUCAGCACUGGCAAAGAGAUAGAAGAUGAAGGGAAGGAAUAUGACAUCUUCUGACAUGAAAGAUGCUCCAAGAGAUACUUGAUUAAAAGUACUGAGUUUCCCCUAAACAGUUACUUCUGCUCCUAAAGUAAAAGCAUCUCGUGCCUUCCAUGUGGUCCCAUUUCUGUGUCCUGUCUCUCCAGCUCUGCUUCUUCUCUGCCAACUCCACAUUUCAUUAGCACCAAAAAUGGUUCCAUCUUUGUCCCUAAGACCUUCUGAGAACUGGCUGCAUGGAACCUUUGAUCUGACACCUUUCACUUCAUUAACUUGGAGACUGAAACCACAGUUGCAGAUAAGUUUGUUUGUGGGAGCACUCAGAGGAGCUGUUUUCACACUCACUGCAGUGAUUCCCUGGUUAUUUACAUGGGGGCAAAUAGGUCAGCCAUAAAAAGUGGAUGUGUAUUCCUCCCAAGUGUAAUGAUCUCAUUAAAUUGUGUCUAAUUGUAAUGCAGACCUGUUUGUGUCCUCGCUGGAUGCAGGCAGGACCCCCACCACUUGUAGAUGUGCCAUUUUCUUAAACUUAUUUUGAGUCUAUUACAUCAAUUAUUUAGCUUAGGCCCCAGCUAUGAAUAAUUUAAAGAGCCCUCCAAUUCUUACCAAGAAGAGUUGGAUGUUUCCCAAGUCUCUUAAUUUUUUUCAUUAAAAUCCAAGAACUAUUGUCUCUGAUACUAUCUCUGUGUUCCAGAGCAGUAAUAUUUUUAUUGUUUUUGUUUUGUGGAGCCUGUGUAUAUUAAAUUACAUUUGGUUCUUGAAUGUUUCUGACACAGAGAUAGUGAUUCAACAACUAAUAUUAAUAAAAAUGAGUGCAGUAUAUUUGGCUUUGUUGAAGAAAAUCUAGCAAAACCAGAAAUGUGGUGGCAAAAGAUCAAGUAAAAGCAAAACAUGAUGCCAAAAUAUCAAAUAAAAGCAAAACAUAACGCCAAAAGAUCAAGAAGAAAUGUAUUUCACGAAGAGGAAAUAUUUUUAAUGUAUAUUAGCACAAAGAAUGCAGAUUAUUUAAUCUGUCUUGAUAGUACCUUUCAACAAAUCCAUUUAAAACCUGUUUCCUCUGUAGUGUGUCCCUUUUUGCACUGCUCCUUUUUAUUCCUCCAAAGAAAAAGCGGGAUGAUGGUGGACCAGGAACAUGGUCACAGGAAUUGCAUCAUCCCUCAGGGGAACCAUUUGGAAGAGUCUUCAAUCAACAGAGCCAAACAUGAAGAAAAAGAUGGUAGAAUCAUCUCAGGGAUAUUUCACUCAAAUAGCACUAAACAGAAUUUAUGGCACUCUCCCUACUGGAGAUGUUUCAAAGCAAGAGCUGCAGUUAUUCACAUUUACUGUACACAGAGUCCUAUCUCCUUUAAAAAAAUAAAAACUCCAAAAAACCAGUCCAGAAAACAACAAGUCAGAUCUCUGCUCAUCAGCUGUAUUUUUGAGUCUGGUUCCAGAGUUAGGAGUUCCAGAAGAAAUUGGUUUAACUGUCACUGUGGGGAAAAAAAAUGUGCACCCAUGAGCAACAGGCUCACUUUUUAAUAUCUUCAUUAAUGCCUGCAGGGAGAUCAGACACCAUUAUUUGCAUUCACAAAUAGCACCACAGGGUUAAAACUGAAAAUGAUUGAAGCAAUGCUGUUAAGAAAUGAGAACCAGACAAGAGCUAAAUGAUAAAUUAUGACAAAAUAUGGAAUUAAAAAGUUGGCUUUUAGCAGGGCAGGAACUGAUAUGAUUAAAAUUAAAGCUCAGUCAUGUGGCCCAUCUUUCAGCACACUUUACUCUUGUCUUGUCAUAUCAAUGAUAGCUGGGUAUUUGGGGAAGUUUGCCUGGGUUUUUUAGGGUUUAGUGGGUUUUUAAUGAACUGGAAUUUGUCUGAAGUGUCUGUUGAAGAAGCAUUCACAGGUGGGGUUUUUUUGUUGUCUCUGUCUCCUCUUUCUUUUUCAAGUGUGUGCCCAAACACCCCUCCCCGUUCUGCAGCACCUGGGCACACGCUGCCUCUUCUCCAUCCCAGAACUUCCAGGUUUUAUCCUUCAGAGUGUUUUCAUAAGAUCAACACUCACAAAGUCAUGGGGAUGGUGGAUAAGGUGAAUGCUGAGGUUUUGCCAGUGGCAGAACAACUGUUUUAAUUAUUUUUUCAAUCAUUUCCCGAGCCUUUCUUCACUCUCCAAACAACCUGUAACACACCGACUUUAUCUUGUAAUACACAAUUGCUUAUUAUUUCA